AUGGCUCAUGGUGAUGCGCAGAGACUCAUUCUAAUGGCGACAACUUCCAUAUUACUAAUUGCUAGCACUGCCAAUCCAAACUGGGAUUGGAUGGUCGGAAGCGACUACUCGGACUGGAGCCCUCCUAAUCGAUCGCCCAAAAAGUUCAUCGUCGGUGGCGUAGCAAAGUGGGCUGCCGGCGUCAACUACACCGACUGGGUCAUCAAAAAUCGUCCCUUCUACGAAAAUGACACUCUAGUUUUCAAGUACCCACCUCCGGGUGGUAAAAGAAAGACUGGAUACAGUGUGUACUUGUUCGACUCGUGGGACUACUGGAGCUUCGCAAGUUGCGACAUCGACACUGCGCGCAUGGUCGCUAACUCCACUCAAGGAGUGGGGAAGGGUUUCCAGUUCAAGCUCACUUAUCCCUUCGGAGCAGACAUGCCAGCCUUGUUUGGUUGUGGCGAAGGGAAUGGCAGCCAUUGCAGAGACGGCGGGAUGAUGUUGGCCGUGUGGCCGUGGCCGCGCCGGCGACCGCUGCAACACUGA